UGAGAGUUUAAACAAACCAGAGAGCCGGCAGAGCAGAGCUCACACACACUAUCUCUCUCUCACACACACACACACACACACACACACUAUCUCUCUCACACACACACUCAUACAGCUGUUCAGCGCUGAGGGAACUCACCGGAGAGUACAGCUGAGACAGUGAGACAUCUGUACCGGCAAACUUUCACCUCUAACCACUAACCCCCCUGCAGCCAAACCCUGACCGAAGCAUCGCAUUCUCCAGACGUCAGACUGUCAGACGUGAGAUCUCAGACUGAGAGGCUGUCUGGCUACAUCUGCACUGAUGGAAGCCCCUACCCUGGCUGGGAAGGGAGACUUGUGUUGCCCCCGGUCUUCUUCUCCAGAGGGGGAGACAGUAUGUGCAGCUUUAGCCCGUUAUGAGAAUACUCUCCGGGACGCUAUCAGGGAGAUCCACGUGGAUGUCAGCGCAUUUAAACUGGGCAUGGAGUGUCGUCUGGAGGAGACAGCCAACCUGAGCGGGCCUCUUGGACGAGCGGUGGUUCAGCUCCAGCAGGAGAACCGGCAGCUCAGGAGUCAGCUGGAGGCUCUUACUCUACAGGUGGAGCUCCUUAGUGGGAUGACAUGUGACAGGAGCACCGCGCUCAACGGCCACAAUCACAGUUCGAAUCACAAGAACCUCCUCAGUGACAUUCAGGAGAACCAUCAGGAGGUAAAAGAGGUGAUCUAUGGGAAGGGUGAGGCUCUCCUCCACGUCCAGCCCUGUGUUCUGGGGGGCCAAGCCCAGACCCACAGUGGCCUCAGCAGUCAGGCGUCCACACCUUCUACCUUCUUAUCCUCGCCCAUCUCCAGCAGCCCUCCUGUGGGCUCCAGAGUUUCCUCCAUGGUGACGGGCCCGGUGUCAAGCAGCAGCCCCUCCACUGCCCGCUUCUCCAGCCGAGCCACAUUUGCAGUUUCAAGCAAGACUAAUAGUAUUGAGCGAGAGGAGCCCAUAGAGGUGGACCCCACCCCAACACAUGCUGGACUGGAGAAUGGACACGCUGCUACCACAGAACCGUUAGAGUUGCUACACGGAAAAGUCUCUCCCCCGAAUAACUUCCCACACGAGCACACAGCCCCUGUCGCCAUGAGGAUGCCCCACCUCCCCAUCACCGCUACAACCAAGACGGCAGAAAUGAAGGGCCCAGACUCUCCCAGCAGCCCUUCUGCUUCUCGUUCCUCUCCAGUCUCUGAUGACUCACCUACUGGCCAAUCAGCUGCUAGCACUAACCGGAUCCAACCAAUAGAAGAGUUUCCAAUUCAACCAGUAUCUUCUUCGUGGACCCCCACACCUAUCAGAGCACUGGGAUCUCCCCGCCUUCAAGAGAAAGCUAAUUCCGUCCCAGCAAAGUCUGUCACCUACUCAGGACUUGUGCAGCAUGACAGAGACGAUGAUGUAGAUGAUGUAAGCAGUGACAGAUCCUAUGGUCAGGUAGGAGAGAGGAGGCGGGAGCUUGUGAGGUCUCAGACUCUGCCACGUAACAUUGGUGCCCAGGCCCGUCGAUCUAUCUUCGAAAGGCUCGACUCUGAAGCCAAUAACAGUCACCCCAAACCAGUAGACUCUAAACCUAAACUGAAGCGGUCUCAGAGUUUUGGGGUAUCCAGCGCCAGCAGCAUCAAGCAGAUCCUUCUUGAGUGGUGCCGAUCCAAGACCAUAGGCUACCAGAACAUCGAAAUCCAGAACUUCUCGUCCAGCUGGAGCGAUGGGAUGGCUUUCUGUGCUUUGGUCCACUCGUUCUUCCCCACUGAGUUUGACUACACCUCUUUGUUGCCUGCCAACCGCAAACACAACUUUGAACUGGCCUUUGGAACUGCCGAGUUGAAGGCCGGCUGCGACCGUCUGAUCGAGGUGGACGACAUGAUGAUCAUGGGUCGUAAACCGGACCCCAUGUGUGUCUUCACCUACGUCCAGUCCCUCUACAACCACCUGCGCAAGUUUGAGUGAAGCUCCAAAGCAUCUCGCUUCAGACUUGACCUUUUAAAACCUCUUAUUCUUUCUAUUUACCAAACUUUGAGCAGAGUGGAGAUCCACAGCUGGCAUGGUGGAGCACUUUGGAAAGACUACACUGCUCCCUGGUGGUGGAGUGAUGAACUUUACUCCACAUGCUGCAGGAAAAGUCAUCACAGAGGCACAGUGGACUCAUGGGAUAAUACUGUGUGUGCUGUGAUAGUAACUGUUUGUCUGGUUUGGUUUGUCAACAGUUUUGACAGUGUGUAUGUGCUUGUGUGUGUUUACUUGAGAUACAAAAAGUGCAAAUAUAUUCUGUGUUGUAUAAAUCUUUAUAUUCACGCACGUGUUUGAAUGUGGCCAUAUUAACCUUCAUAUUGCUGGAUUUAUGUUUCAAAAAAGUAACUGUAUACCUAAAGUGUUUGCGAUGAAGCGCUGGGGCAUAAAAAAUGAUAUGUUGCUGACUGAUAUUUACAUUCACAUAUGAUGUGAUACUCAGCGAUUGAGAUGAGGAUGAGACAUGGAAAAAUAACUGUUUGACACCUACAUUGUGUUCAAUACUUGGCAUCAAAUAAACAAGUAUCUGUAUUUUAAUAAAAAGAUUGGUUGUGGCCCAGUGCAAGGUUAGUGGUUGGAGCCCCAAACCCUACUGGGUAUACUAUACAUUUUGAAAGAAUACGAUUUUAUAUGAUUUAAGUGUUUUUUCCUUGUGUCACGAUAUUAACAACUUUAUUAUUAUACAGUGUAGUGAUACUGAAACAAGCUUUUGAAUAAUUCUGGUGAUUUUCUUCUUGUGAAAACAUUCAAUAACUUUAUUGUUAUUAUAAGUUUUAUAAUGCAGUGUUGUGCUUUCAAAAUUACGCCACACAUCACUUGUCUCCUGCUGGCUGCACUAAAACAUUUAUUGUAAAGAAUUAUGAUUUGGAAA